GUUCAGUUUCAUUUGACAUUUGUGGGAGGCGCGAGAGGGCACUCCCAAAGAAGAGCGGAGAAGGAGAAGAAAAAAAGGGGAAAUUCGGUUUUGAGGAAGAAGAAGAGAAAUUGGCGGAAUUUUUAUAGAUUAGAUUAGAAUUUAGAUAGAUAAGAUUUGAUGGGAAGAGCAUUUGUUUACGUGAUUCUGGGAGGUGGAGUAGCAGCUGGAUAUGCAGCUCUCGAAUUCACCAGGAAAGGCGUCGCUCCUGGCGAACUCUGCAUCAUUUCUGAAGAACCUGUUGCACCUUAUGAGAGACCUGCCCUGAGCAAGGGCUAUUUACUUCCAGAAGCUCCCUCACGCCUCCCAUCGUUCCACACCUGCGUUGGAGCUAAUGAAGAGAGAUUAUCUCCAAAAUGGUAUAAAGAACAUGGGAUUGAGUUGGUGCUUGGUACUCGAGUUAUAUCUGCUGAUGUAAGGCGCAAAACAUUACUCACUGCUGCAGGGGAGACUAUAACUUUCAAGUUUCUCAUCAUUGCAACAGGUGCUCGGGCUCUGAAGCUGGAAGAAUUUGGAGUCACAGGAUCGGAUGCUCCAAAUGUGUGUUACUUGCGAAACUUAGCUGAUGCAAACAGGCUAGUCGAUGUGAUGGGAUCCCGAUCUGGUGGGAAUGCUGUAGUGAUCGGCGGAGGCUAUAUAGGAAUGGAAUGUGCCGCGUCUUUGGUGAUCAAUAAGAUGAACGUGACCAUGGUUUUUCCAGAACCACAUUGCAUGGCAAGGUUGUUUUCGCCGAGGAUAGCAGCAUAUUAUGAGGAAUUCUAUAAAUCCAAAGGAGUACAAUUCGUCAAAGGCACUGUCUUGUCAUCUUUUGAUUUUGACUCCGAUGGACAAGUUACAUCUGUGAACCUAAGAGAUGGAACUCAGCUACCAGCAGAUGUAGUUGUGGUUGGAAUCGGGAUACGACCAAACACCAGUCUCUUCGAGGGCCAACUGACUGUAGACAAGGGAGGAAUCAAGACAAACGGUAAAAUGCAGACUAGCAAUGCAUCAGUCUACGCAGUUGGUGAUGUGGCAGCAUUUCCAGUCAAGCUGUUUGGCGAGACACGGAGGCUGGAGCACGUUGACUCCGCCAGGAAAUCAGCGAUACACGCUGUUGCCUCGAUCUUGGAUCCCCAGAAAGCAGAUGAAUUCGACUACCUCCCAUUUUUCUACUCCAGGGUCUUCGCCUUCUCCUGGCAGUUCUAUGGGGACAAUGCAGGGGAAGUUGUCCACUUUGGGGACUUCUCCGGGAGCAGAAUCGGGGCAUACUGGGUCAGCAAGGGGCACCUGGUGGGAUCGUUCCUCGAAGGUGGAACCAAAGAGGAGUAUGACGCUAUCGCCCUGGCCACAAAGUUGAAACCAGCAGUUGAGGAUUUGGCUAAGCUGGAAGAGCUGGGAUUGGAGUUUGCAUUGGCAAUCAGUGAGAGACCGGUGGAAACUUCUCCCCCAUCUGGUGACAAUGACGAGAAUCCCCCUGGAUUGGCAGUGGAGAAGCCGACGGUGUAUCCUUGGCAUGCGGCAGCUGGUGUUGCAGUUGCUGCGUCGGUGGCUGCAUUUGCUUAUUGGUACGGGAGAAGGCGUAGGAGGUGGUGAACAGUUGGGGAGGAAAGUUGUGUAAUCUGUUGAAUUAGUUUACAUGAAACUGAAAGCUUGUACCUUGUGAUACAAGUUUCCACUUGUUGUACCAAAUCAUAUAGGAAGUCUUAGGAUAUGCAGAAAGAUACAUCUUGUUGAUGAUGAGACUACGAUUUGGAGAUAUACCAUUUUCAUUCAAGCACUAAAGAGUUGUGUUCUUAUCAUCAGGCACAAAAUAAAUCCAUCACAAAAU